AUGUCCGCACUAUCAUCCUGGAUCCCACCAGCCGAGGGCCUGCUCCCCAAAUGGCUACUCUUCGUCUCCCUCGUCUCCACUCUCAACAGCAUCCAAGCCUACUCCACGCUAGCCUACACCUCGCGCGUCUACAAUCCAACCCCCAUCGAUCCGCCCGCCAAACAGCCCGCGCACGUAACCUGGCUGUCGAGCCGCACGUUCGGGACCUGGACGUUCCUGACCAGCAUCAUUCGGUUCUACGCUGCGUACCACAUCAACGAGCCGGCGUUCUAUCAGCUCGCGAUCUGGACGUAUGUAGUUGCGUUUGCACACUUCGGGAGCGAAUGGUUUGUGUUUGGGACAACAAGGUGGGGAAAGGCAUUGGCGGGGCCGGUGUGUGUUAGCACGGGGAGUCUGGUUUGGAUGUUUGCGCAGUGGGGAUAUUAUGUCAAGGCAUGA